UUUGACCAAAAUGGUGAAUCAAUUUAUUUUUAGGAUUAGUGAAAUCAUCUCCAUCCCACCAAAUUCUCCAUUAUUUACUCUAACUUCUUCCUACUAUAAUAACUCACUUUUUUUUUUCCAUUAGAAAUCAAAUCCUUUAUAAAUUCAUAUAUCCAAAAGAACAAUUUUCUAUUAGUUCAUGCUCUGUUUUGGCUCAUUAGCGAUGGCAGCAACACUUGCAGAAACAUUGAGCCCCAUCAAAAUCCGCAUUCCAAAACCAACAAAAGUUUGCUUUUCAUAUGCAGCCUACGCUAAAAAUGUCAUCCAACACCUCAAAUCAUCGAAUCUAAUCGUUGAAAAAGGACUUUCCGAUGUUGAAUUCUCCACCAUUGAGUCCAAUUUCAGCUUUACUUUCCCACCUGAUCUUCGUUCUAUUCUUCAAGAAGGUCUACCCAUUGGCCCUGGAUUUCCCAAUUGGCGAUGCUCAUCUCAACAGCAAUUGGAGAUCAUAAAGAAUUUGCCCAUUUUGAGUUUGUGUAAACAAGUGAAGAAACGCAAUUUUUGGGUUGAAUUUUGGGGGAAUAGACCAGUUGAUAAUGAUCAAGCUGUGGAUACGGCAAAUGGGUUCUUGAAAAAUGCCCCUGUUCUCGUUCCGAUUUAUCAGCAUUUUUAUAUUCCGUGUACGCCCUGUUUGGCUGGGAAUCCUGUGUUUUACGUGCACGAUGGGGAGGUCAAAUUAUGGUGUUUUGAUAUCUCUGGAUUUUUUCAACAAGUAGAAUUUCAGAGAAAUGAGAUGAUUCUGAGAAGACCCAGUCUGUUUAACUUGCUGAAUGCACCGUCAUGGGCGGCGACGGAAGCGAGGAAGAUUGACUUCUGGACGGAAAUGGCGGAGAUGGGUCAAAUGGCGGCGGCGGUUGGCGGUGGAAAGCACCGGCGAUGGUGGAGUGAGGAUCUAGAAGAAUUUUUAGAGGAUGUAUUUUUGAGGUUGACGGAAGCAGGAUGGAAAGAAGAGGAUGUUAGAGAAAUGAUGAUGAUGGAUGAUUCCGGUGACCGGAGGAGAUGCAGCGACGCCGGCGCAUUUGUCAACAAGAAGGAGGUGGAAUCGCACGUGAGUUUGUUAUCGGAGAGGUUAUUACGUGCGGGGUGGAGUACGGAAGAUGUGGUGGACACUCUAGGGUCUUCUGAGGACUCUUUCAUUGAUGUUUAUUAUAAAUGAAUUUUGCGUUAAUCAAAUAUUAGUAGAUAAAUAGUAGUAUACUUUUCAAUUUUAUUUAGUGUAUACAAUUUAGUUGAAUUAAAUACAAAAUGAUAGAAAAGUCCUCUUCGGAUCGAGUUUUGAUGA